GUUAAGAGAAGUACCAAAGUAGGACUUUAGACCAUAAGGAACGAAACAAACAACCAGUCUAUCGGAGCGUGCUAACAGUUAGACUCUGGUCAGGUUGGGAGUCUGGUGUGAAAUCUACUAACGUUUGAAGAGAAACACGACUUUUAGGGAUGACGUUUGUGACAAGCAGUAAAUUAUUAGUAUAUUUUUCUUUAGCAACAAUUGCGCUCUUGACGUUAGGGGAUCCAACUGUAUUUCCCUUUCAUAAGCAUACUCCACAGAACCCCAAACUUUCCCCACAUUGUGCUAUAAUAGUACGUAGUGUCAAAAGAGGUGGUGGUGGUAACGACGCUGGUCCAUACUCUUUUCCUCCACCACCCAGAGGAUUUGGUGCAAGUGAGGGCUUGCUGUACAUAGCAAACUUCGUACCUAAUUUAAAAGCGGCUGUUUCAUCGAGGUAUGGAGAAAUAUGCAUUACAUACAACGAUGUGAACUCUGCUAUUCACGAAGCUCGUACAAGAUACGGUCACUUGCCGCCACAAAUACAUGACUUAUCAUCCAAUUAUCCUGAAGACAAGCAUAUUGCUCCAGUAGGUGAAGUCAUAGAGGAAGCUACUCGAAUUUUAGCUUACAAGUUCCGUUUGUCCUUUGAAGUUAUAAUAAAUGGCUUACCACAAGUUGACACAACCAAAACAGCAGCAAAAGAGAUCUGUCCUACUUUCUUAACUCCUGUGAAAUGUGAACUGAACCGUUACCGCACAAUUACCGGCAUGUGCAACAACCUUGACCAUCCUUCCUGGGGUAGCGCUCGGUCAUCUAUGAUACGUUACGUGCCUCCUGUCUACGCAGACGCGAUUUCUGUUCCUCGCCGUGCUUAUGAUGGGUCGGAUCUGCCCAGUCCUCGUGUGGUUAGCUUCGUUAUGCAUCAUGACAUCGGCCAGCACGACCGUCAGCUUUGCAACAUUUUGGUAGCUUGGGGACAGAUGAUUGACCAUGACAUGACCUUUGCAGCUCCUACUUUAGAUGAACAGAAAAUGGACAUCGAGUGCUGUAAGUAUCCUCCCAGUCACCGACAUCCUAACUGUCUUGUCAUUGACAUUCCACAUGAUGACCCCUUCUACAAGUUCUUCAAUAAACAGUGUAUGGACUUCGCUCGAAACUUGCCAGGUCCGAGACCGGGAUGUACACUGGGUCCUCGUUCUCAAAUCAACACGAUAUCGUCUUACAUCGAUGGCAACUUUAUGUACGGAAGCUCCCACAAAGUAACGAAGAGGCUGCGUGAAUACCGUGGUGGUCGUCUAAGGACUCUACCGCUAUACCGUGAGCUAGGAGUUAAAGAUAUUCUUCCAAUGAAAAUGGUGGACCCUGACGUUGGCUGUACAGCUCGGCCGAGGAACAUUUAUUGUUUUGAUGCAGGAGACGGUCGGGUCAAUGAGCAGGUAGUUUUAACUGUCAUGCACGUUGUUUGGAUGAGAGAGCACAACCGAAUUGCUGAUGCUCUAAGUCACAUCAACCCUCACUGGGGGGAUGAAACGAUCUUCCAAGAAACUCGCCAUAUUGUUGUGGCGGAGCUGCAACACAUCACCUACUCAGAAUUUUUACCAGUAGUCUUAGGUCCCGAUAUAAUGCAGAAAUAUGAACUCGUAAUCCAACCUCACGGGUAUUACGAAGGAUACGAUUCCAAAAUCAACGCAGGAAUUCGUACAGCAUUUCAGAAUGCAGCUUUUCGUUUUGGGCACAGUCUUCUUCCCGAUGCCACCGACCGCUACAACAAGUUUCACGAUAAACUCGAAUCUGUUCGUCUGGCGAAACAAUUGCGACAACCCUACGAUCUCUACAAACCAGGAAUCAUUGACAGCUUCAUCAUGGGAUUGGUCAACCAAGAAUCUAACAGAAUGGAUCCCGAAGUUACCACAGAGGUAACCAACCACCUGUUUGAAAAGCCAGGCGAGAGAUUUGGCAUGGAUUUGGCGGCACUCAACAUUCAACGUGGACGGGAACAUGGUAUACCUGGUUACAAUUACUACAGGGGUUACUGCGGUCUGCCAAAAGCACGCAACUUUUACGAUUUAAUUGGCGUUAUGCCGAACAAAACUGUUCAUCGAUAUUCCCAAAUUUACAAGAGCGUUGAUGAUAUCGACUUAUGGAGUGCUGGUAUUUCUGAGUAUCCUUUGCCAAAUGCCGUCGUUGGUCCAACAUUCGCUUGUCUCAUUGCUGAACAGUUUGCCAGUAUAAGGCGUGGAGAUCGCUUCUGGUAUGAAAACUCGGGCUGGCCCUCAUCUUUCUCACCUGAACAACUGCAGGAGAUAAAAAAUGUGAUGUUGUGUCGGGUCAUGUGUGACAAUGCUGAUGAAAUGGAAACAAUUCAGAUUAACGCCAUGUUGAUUCCUCAUCAAACAGAAAAUUCGCGUGUUGAAUGUCAUGGUAAUGCCAUUCCCCGUAUGGAUCUAACAAAAUGGGCAGAUGUCAAUCACUACAAAAAAUAAGAAGACAUAAUAAUUACAAUAUUAUGGCCAAUACUUAUUUUACCCUCGUUCUUAAAGUACUAUUUUAUACAAUAAUUUGAUUAAUAUAUUCUAUAAUUCUGAAUAUAUGAAACAAAAAACGUAAUUAAUUUUUUUUAAAUACCUUAGUAGCAAAUAGAUGUAUUUUAUAUCGAUGGUUCUUGAGGUUUUGAAAAAAAAAGUUUAUAAGACCCAUUUUUUCUGUUAUUUUAUGAAAUCGAGGUUCCCGUAUACUUUAGUUCUAACUGAAAGUUAGUGGAUGGCUUUUAUUAAGCUUGAUAACCUGCAACAAGAACCUGGAUUAACCUAAAGCUUCUGCCAUGAAAUGAAAAACACAAAAAGAAAUUCCUUUAUAUAUUUUAGAAUAUUUAAUCAUUCUUUUUGUUGAGAAUUUUCCUUGAGACUUUGUGCGUCAUAAAAAUGUCCAAGUGUUAAAAUAUCAUUCGAAAUAUAAGCGUAUCUAUAUUUAAAAAAGUCGAAGCGACGGGUAAUAUUUGCGAAAAAUGUUAUUUUAUUAUUUUAAACCACAGUUGUAUGUUACUAAUUGUUAACCACAUAUUCAAACCAUGAUUUGAAAUGUAACUCGGUUAACUUAUUCUGUUUCUACCGUAGAAAUAUAACAAUCAAUGCUUACGGAAUUAAAAUAAUAAACGACUUUUAAUCGCGAUUUUUUUAAAUGUCAGCUAGCGCCCCAAAAGUUUACAACGGGUGGAAAGUUGUAUAUUUUAAAACAAUAUCUAUCAACGAAACUGCUUUCGCUGUUUCUUGCUGUCCAAGAUAUUGAGAAUUAAAAGUUUAAGUGCUCAAAAUUUGUAUUUUUACCGGUUAUAAUUAAAAAUGAAAAGUAGUUUUAUUUUUAUUUUUUUUUAUGAGGCUGUACAGUAAAUCCUGUAAAUAAUUGUAUAUUUUUCGUGUUCCACAGCCAAAAGUUCUGUAAGCAUAUGGCUUUGAUAGCCAAGCCAUAAAUUAAUAACACAAAGUUUUGUAAAUAACAUACGAAUGUGUUUGAUAUAAAUGUGGUGUGGACGUGCGAGUUUCAAUGGUUAAGUUUUGGGGAAUUUAUACAGUUUCAUUAUAUUACUUAACAGUCUAUGAAUUAUUUACCACAUAACGGGUGGAUCAAGUCAAAAAUUACCAAAUUAAUUUCCUCUAAGUAAAAUAAACUAAUCUUAGAGAAAGCCACCUCCUACAUCUAACAUACUACUUUAAGUGGUUAAAGUAAUGAAAAUGAAAACUAUUAAUCUCUUCAAAAACUACUUUAACACUCUAUUGUACACUGUAACGUACAGGUAACAAAUCUAUCAUUAAUAGACAUACAAAUGAUUCAAUUUUGUGGUUUAAUGUUCUUACUACCAGGUAACAGUCUAAAUAAGCCAUGGCAUCAUUUUUGUUGGUUCCUUAAGGUAAUGCACAGACUUACAGCUUGCCAAAACAUUUUUUUUUUCUUCCAAUAUAGACUUAUUUAAUAAGAAUUUCAAAGAAAAAAGUUACACUGUACUUUUAUAAUGCUUGUAAUAGAGGGUUAAUAAAGUGUCAACAUUUAAAAACACAUGUAGCAACUAAAGUAUGGAUGUUGCGAGGGGAAAAUAUGUUUUUGUUCUGAAAAAUUCAUGUAUUGUGUACAUAAAAUGACAUUUAUGUAGUAUUUUUUAUUAUUCCAUUAAAAUAUAACCCUUGAAAGUUAAAAAUAUUAGCUUUGGUUUGAUGUUUUACCUGCACUUAAAAAAACAAAAAACAUGGCAUUUCAAUUAUAUAGUCAACUGUUGUGUUCAAGAAUAAGUAGCUUUGGUUCACAGACCUGAUGUUCAUGCAAUGGAAAUGAAUAAUUUUAGGGUAUGUUUUAUAGUUAAGCACAAAGCUACACAAUGGGC